AUGCCCGAGCCCGCUCCAUCCCUUUCUGGAAAAUUCCAAGGCGCCUUUGCCGGCCGGCCCUGCCCAAGCUUCAGCUCUGCCAACUUCCCCUCGUCCUCCACUUUCCAGAGACCGGCCUCCCCCGGGGGUCGCGCUGCCCCCGGGGCCCUGGGGUCCGGGUCCCGUUUCCGCGCCGGUCUCCGGUUUCCCCACAACUUGGCACUGGGCGGUCCAGCCGGCGGCCGCUUCACUUUCCCGGUGUCCACCUGCCGUCUGGGGGCCGGCUCUCCCCCGGCUCCGGCCCCCUCCCCCGUCACGGCCCAACUGCCGGUCCCCGCCGGCUCUCGGGGCGCCCUCGCCCACCCCCAUCCCGGCCCUGGGGGCUCCCGGCCGCCCCCCGCCCCCUCCCCAGCCUCCCCGCGCGGGCCGGCGCCCCGCUCCCCCAGCGAGCCUCUCCCCCACCUCACUGGGCCGCGCCGCUCGGCCUCGCUCGCCACCGAGCCGCUCCGGGAGCUCCUCCGCGUGCGGCCGGCUCUCCGGCCAAUCACGGCGCCGGGGAGGGGUGGAGUCGGCGCGCCGCCGCGAGGCCUUCUGGGAAGUGUAGUUCCAGGCGCCGCCGCCACCGCGGGAGGAGCGCGCCCUGAGAACUACUACGUCUCCCAGCGUCCCCGCGGGGGCCUCGUGACGCCAUCAGAAGGCGCGAAGCUCCGAGUCAGAGUGGGCAGCCGAGAGUCCCAGAGUCCGACCGGCGCUGGGAGCUGCGAAUCCCGGCUCGCUCCCCUCACCUCCCCCCCCCCCGCCCCCCCCCGCCCCGCGGAGAGCGGGCUGGGCCUUCCGGGCACUACCCCGCCUCUCGGGGACGUGUCCGGCCGUGCGGACGCGACGGGGAGGUCGGCCUGCCUCCUUCAGUCAGCCAGGAGUGCGGCUGCGGUCCCCGGCCCGCCCCACGCGGGAACGGGUCGGAACAAUGGGGCGGCGGUGGAGGGCCGGGCCGAGCGCCCAGGGGCGAGGAGCUGGGCCCCGGUCACCCGGGGGAGACGGACCCGCACGGGUGAGGCCGACGGAAUCCCCUUGGUGGUGUCUUCGUUGGGCGAAGUCGAGAUGUUAAAUAAGGCUGACCCGUUGUUCACCAAACCUAGAAGGCGCCAACGGUGGCCCCUGGCCUUGGGCAGCAGGGUUCUUGGGUUUCCACCCAAGUUUGGUGAAGUUCACCUGAAAUAA